AUGGCUGACGCAGAAAUGACGGAAUUGGCAGCGCCCAAAACAUAUGCGUUGAGCAAUUUGGUGAAUGCACAUAAGGGAGAUGUGAAGGCGUUGUGUUUGACGAAAAGCGGGGUGAUUAUUUCGGCCGGACGCGAUGAAAAUGUGACUUUUUGGAAUAAAAAGUGAGGGUUUUCUUGGAUUUUUAAGCCCUGAGGUGGAAAAAUCAACAAAAUUUUUCAGAGCUGGUGAAUAUUCUGCAACUCUGCAUUUCAAACAACCCAAAGGAAUAGUCGUGAAUUCGCUAGCCUACGCCGAAACCGAAAAUGGUUGGCGUCUUUUCGCUGGUCGAAAAGACGGCUCCAUGGCAAUGUAUGGCUCCGGAAAUCCGGACCCAAUCCAGGUUUACAAAGAGCACGAGAACAAUGUUUGCUGUUUGCACAUAAAUGAGAAGCACGGUGUUUUGUUGAGCGGAAGUUGGGAUACACACGUGAUACUUUGGCCGUUGAACGAUUUGGAUAAGCCCGAGUUUUCGGCGUUGCAAUUGGUCGGUCAUAGUUUGUCGGUUUGGGCGUUGGCGUCGUUUCCGGAGCGAGAGGAUUAUUAUUUGACGGCGUCGGCCGAUAAAACUAUUCGAUUUUGGAAACGCGAUGAGACUGUUGAUAUUUUUAAAGGUCUGAAAAUCGCUUAGGCUUUUUAGGCCCUUUUGGACCCUUUAAAAUCAGCAUUUUUUGCUUAUAAAUGAGGAAAAGCCUAGAUUUCUGUCUGCAAUCCAGAUUUUGAAGAAAAAAAAUAUUUUCUAGUAGUUUUCCCCCGCUGAUCAUUAUUCCGUUGUCAAAAACUGCCUAAUAUGAGUUAUGACGUGGCAAAGUUGGAAAAUUGGGAUUUCAGAAGAUCAGAACUAGUGGUUUGCAUGAAAAUCAUCUUAAAAUCUAGUUCGGACCUUCUAAAAUCCCAAUUUUUCAUCUUUGCCACGUCAUAACUCAUAUUAAACAGUUUUUGGCAACGGAAUAUUGAUCAGCGGGGCGAAAAUUACUAGAAAAUAUAUUUUUCAUUAACAUUUUGAUUGCAGACAAAAAUCUAGGCUCUGCCCCAUUUUUAAGCGAAAAAUGCUAAUUUUUAAGUGUCCGAAACGACCUAAAGAGCUUAGAAAAUUACUAUUUCAGUGAAAAUCUAGGCUAAUUUUAAAGGCCUAAAAUUCCAAAAAAUCUAAAACAGACCCCCAAAACUCUAUUUUUUCCAGGCCACGAUGACGUAGUUCGAGCGCUCGCCGUCCUCUCAAAUACCCAUUUCCUAUCAGCUGGAAAUGAUGGAAAUAUCAUCUAUUGGAGCAUCGAAGCUGGAACUUGUCUCGGAAAAUUCAAAACCAAAUCGCACGAUUUCAUCUACAGUUUAACACUGUGCGAUUCGCAUAUUUUGACAACUGGUGAAGAGGGAACACUCGAAUUUUGGAGCAUUUUUGGAGGAGCAAAAGAAAGAGACUUGAAGAUUGAAAGUGAAUUAGUUCUGCAGACACCAUCGUCUUCAACUUGGGAUUCGAAGGUUUUACCGUCUUCGGAUAUUGCGGUGGCUGGAAGUGAUGGAAGGAUUUUUAUAUUUUCCAAAGAUCCACAAAGACAUAUCAAGGAUGAUUUGAGAGAAGCGUAUGAUGCAGAAAUUGUGGUAAAGAUUGCGAAUCAACAAAAAUCACAAUCCUCGCAGCAAAAUGAUACGGUUGUGAUUAAAGUUGCGUUGGAUGAUGGACCGGCGAAAAUGGAGUUGAGAUAUGUUAAGGGAACUGAUCCGCAAUUGACUGCGGAGAAAUUUGUGACCGAUCAUCAAUUGCCGAUUAGUUAUACGAAUGAGGUGGUCGAUUAUAUUUGUCAGAAUAUUCCGGAGGCGAGAAUGGCGAGAGAGAAGGCGACGAGGAAUUUGCAGCCGGGGCAGAGGAAAAUGUUGGAGGGCAAUGUGAGUGGAUUUGGGGCCCUCAAAUUUGGGGGGGGGGGGGGCGGGGGCUAACAAAACUAGAACAAGAGCAUUAUUUAGACUCUAUGAGCUCAUAAAUCCAAUUUUAGGAGCUCUAAAGCUUAAAAAUGAGCCUUUUUACACUGAGAUCUCAAAAAUGCUAUACAAAAAAAGAGAUCCAGUAAGCUUUUUUUUUCGAAAAAUUUAUCGAUGACUUCAUCCAUGGUAAAAUAAGGAACUAUUCCUGAUUUUGCCACGAGGAAUUCGAGCCAUGUUUGAGCCAAAAAUGCUUCAAAUUUCAUCAAGAAUUCAAAAAAUCUAUUGAAAUUGCCUAGUUUUCAGAAAAUUUUAUUCCAAAAAAAAAAUUCACUGUUUCAAAAUGUUCUCUUAUAAAUUUGAUUUUCUAGAGAAAAUGUUGGAUGUCAAAUCAUAUAUUGUCCGUUUGGAAAUGAGAUUCACCCCGCGAAAAAAUGAAUUUGAAUUUGCUGCAGGAGACGCAGACAGCGAGAGAGCGCGCUGGCAAACAGCCAACGGGGGUUUUGUAGGGGAAAGCGACCGCAAUGCACACGCGUCGCGGGGGUAGGGGGAAAUUAGAGAUUUUCUCAAAUUCAAAUUUAUUUUUUCGCGGGGUGAAUCUCAUUUCCAAACGGACAAUACUAACAUAUCUUAAAGAAGGAGUGCAUAAAUAUAAAAAAGUUAGCAUAGGUCAGAAGCAAAUUUGAAAAAAAAAAUCAAAUUUCAAUUUUUAGAGUCCAAAAACGCUCUAUAGGCGCACUCUCUAGACAAUCAGAAUGUCUAGGCACCGAUCCUUAAAAUCAGGACUUUCUAGACGUGGUUGCUUGAGGGCUACGUUCUAUCGGCUUGGCUGCUUGACAAUUGAUUUUUCUAGACGCGGCUACUUGAGGGCUAGGUUCUGUAGGCGCCGAUCCUUGAAAAUUGAACUCUCUAGGCGCGGCUACUUGAGGACUAGGUUUUCAAGGCUCGGGUCCUUGACAAUAAGGUUCUAUAGGCGCUGAUCCUUGAAAAUUUAAAUCUCUAGCCGCGGGUACUUGACAAUUGAUUUUUCUAGACGCGGCUAAUUGAGGGCUAGGCUCUAUAGGCUUGUCUACUUGACAAUUGAACUUUCUAGGCUUGGUCACUUGAGAACUAGGUUCUCUAGGCUUGGCCACUUGAGAACUAGGUUCUUUAGGCGCCGAUCCUUGAAAAUUGAACUCUCUAGGCGCGGCUGCUUGAGGACUAGGUUCUAUAGGCUUGGCUGCUUGAGGACUAGGUUCUAUAGGCUUUUCUGCUUGAGGACUAGGUUCUAUAGGCUUUGCUGCUUGAGGACUAGGUUCUAUAGGCUUUGCUACUUGACAAUGGAUUUUUCUAGACGCGGCUACUUGUGGACUAGGUUCUCUAGGCUUGGUUGCUUGAGAACUGGAAUCUCUAGGUGCCAAUCCUAAAAAAUUGAACUCUCUUGGCUCCAGUCCUUGACAAUUAGUUAUUCUAUAAUUUUUCUCAAAGAAUAUCAUUUAAUAUCAUACAUCAUACAUACAAAUGUUUAAUACAGAAAUUUUCCUAUAAUUUAUAAAUAAAAUUUAUGAAACGUAUUUUUUCCGUCAAAAAAAAUCCAUAUUUUUCCAGACCUACGAUCACGUAUUCGAUGUGACCCUGGAAAAUGGCACCGUCCUGAAAAUGCCCUACAAUCGCAACGAGGAUCCGGAUUACGCUGCACAACGAUUUGUCGAAAAACACAACUUGCCCGUCAAAUUCCUCGGACAAUUGUCGCAAUUGAUUCGCUCGGAAAUGUCUGGAAAUUCGGCAGCCACCAGUGAUUUCUAUGAUCCAUUCACCGGUUCGGGAAGAUAUGUUCCGGGAGGAAAUGCGGGAGCGGGAGCUGGUGGAUAUGAGGACCCGUUCACGGGCGGUGGAAGAUAUGUGCCCGGUGGAGCGGGAUCUGGCGGAAAUUCGGGAGGUGAGCGAGGUUUUAGGUGGUUUGUAUAUUUUUUGCUCAAAAUCCAUGGGAAAACCUCAAAUUUCGACUGAAAUUAUCAAUUUUUGCCUCAAAAUUCAAUAUUUUCAAGAAAAACCUCUUCAAGCUAAAAAAAAAAGGAAUUUUGUGAGUUCAAAAUGGAGUUAGGCUAACAUUUUUCAUUUUUUCUAUUUUUUAUGGCUCAGCAGGAUUUUUUGAAACGGAAUUUUUGAAAUCUUGUUUUUCAACUAAUUUAUUUGUUGAAUAUGGCUGAAAAUUUACUGGAAUCAUCAAUUUUUGGUCAAAAUUUGAGGUAGAAAAAAUUAUUCUAUUUUUUCUAAGCCUAAAGUUUUGCCUAAGCCUAAGGUUUUGAAUAAGCCUAAGUCUACGAUUUUGGCUAAGCCUAAGCCUAAUUUUCUGAAUAGGCCUAACUUUUUUUUUGCAAAACGAGAAAGAACUAUUAUUUUUUAUCACAUUUUUUAAUGACAAUUUUUUGAAACAGUAAAUUUUCUAGAAAAUUUUGGCCUGAAAAUUCAAUUUCUUGUGAUUUUUCUACCUGGUUAAAAUUUCGCAUAUCAAUUAUACAUAUCAAGAAAUUUCCCAAACAAAAAAAUUAUACGAAAAUUUUGAAACAGUGAAAUUUUUGAAAAACAAAAAUGGUGCCUGGAGCCAAAACUCAAUAAUUUUUCCAGGAUUUUCCGGCGAUCCUCUGACUGGAGAUGGUGGAUAUCGUGCAAGUGUUGAGAACACUGGUCAACACGCCGUGCCGCUCUCCUCAUUGCCAACUGACAAGAAACGACCAAGAGGGCCGCUGGUUCCGGUUCCUGAUUAUUUUUUGGUGGGUUUUUUGGGGGUUUUGGCUUUGGGAAGGGGAAAUAGUGAUUUUUGAGUGAAAAAUUCGUAUUUCUGAGUUAAUUUUGAACCAAAAAUUGAAAAUUCCAGUGAAUUUUAUAGCCAUUUUCAACUAAAAGCACGAAAAUUUUGAUUUUCGACUCAAAAAUUCAAUAUUCUCAUCAAAUUCGAGUUAAUUUUAAGCAAAUUCGGGAUUUUCAGUCAAAAAUUGUUCUGAAAUUAAUUUUUAUAGCUUAAAAUUUGAAUUUUCAGCCAUUUCAACUGAAAUAGUUUGAAAAUUCGCAAAAAUGAUGGUUUUCGAGCCAUAAGUUAUAUAAAAAGUGAAAAAUGUUAGCCUAACUCCAUUUUGAGCCAAAAAAAGUUAAUCUAACUCCAUUUUGAGCUCACAAAAUUCCUUUUUUUUUGCUUUUUCACGAAAAUAUUGAAUUUUGACACAAAAGUUGAUAAUUUCGCUCGAAAUUUGAGGUUUUCUCAUGAAUUUUAAGCCAAAAAAGUAUGAAAAGUUAGCCUAACUCCAUUUUGAGCUCACAUAACCCUUCUCAAAUUGCUCAUUUUUCCAGUUUGGUCCAGCUGGAGCAAGUCAAAAAGUCGUUGCCAAACUCAAAGAAUUCAACGAAAAACAAGAAUCACACUUCCAAUUAUCGCCCGAACAAAUCUCCGCCCUCGAAACCCUUCUAACCGUUCAAAAUCUCUCCGCGGAUUCCGCAUCAACCGCUCAAACCGCAUUUGAAAUCGCUUUCCAAUGGCCAAUCGUCGAUCUGGUUCCAGUGUUGGAUUUCUUCCGCAUCGCCUUAUUACAUCCGGCCUUGAAUCAAUAUUUUUGUGGAGAUCGACAUCGGGGAAAUGAGCUGGUUCAGAAGUUGAUUGCGAUUUUGGUGUCGGAACCCGCUGAUAUUGCGGUUCGCGUUUUUGUUUGUCGAGUGAUUGCCAACGCGUUUAGCCAAACGGCUGGAAGGAAUUUGUUUUCGACUAGUGAAUUGAGUGUGAUUGUGGUUUUGGUGGUGAAACAGUUGGAGAAUUCGAAACCGAUUUUGCAGGUUGGUGAAGGGUUCUAGGGGGAAAAUGAGCUCAAAUCUUCUAUUCCUGACCCGGAAAUUUUACGUUUCACAAAAAUUUGAAAGAAAAAUAUGGCUGAAAUUUUUUGAUAUGUGGUUUAUUUCAUGACGGAAUCACAAAAUCACAAAAAAUAUCUGAAAAAUGAGCCAAAAUAUUGUAUUUUUUAAUUUUCAGCUGUAAACUUAUGAAAAUUUAACCAAAAUUAUGAUUUCUGAGCUGAAAAUGAGCUCAAAUACUCUAUUCCUGUUUUAAAAAGGUUAACUGUUUCUAAAAAAAUAUAAAAGAACCAGUUUUUUUUUAAAUUUUAUUGAUGUUAAGUCUGCUUUCGAUUUAAAAAUUUUGCAAAAUUUCACUGUUUCAAAAAAAAUUUAGAAAAGAAAUUUGGUUAGAAAGUCAUUGCUCGAUUAAUUGGUCUCAAUAAAUCAAAAAUUCAAGUUUUGUAGUCAAAAAAAAGCUCUAUUUUUUAUCAAUAUUCUCUACAUAGAAAAACUUCGAAAAUUUCACUGUUUCGAAAAAAUUUGGUAGAAAUUUUUUGAUUAAUAAUUCACUUCACGGCGGAAUCACAAAAUCACAAAAAAAAUGUCUGAAAAAUGAGAAAGUACUGUAUUUUUGAAUUUUUCAGCAGAAAACUUAUGAAAAUUCAAUCAAAAUGUUGAUUUUUGAGCUGAAAAUGAGCUCAAAUACUCUAUUCCUGGCCCGGAAAUUAAGGUUUCAAAAAAAUCGUAAGAAUCAGUUUGUUUAAAUUUCAUUGAUAUUAAAAUUUUAUUGAUCUGCUUUCGAUUAAAAAAUUCCAAAAAUUUCACUGUUUCAAAAAAUUUUUAGAAAAAUCUGGCCUAAAAUUUUUUGAUUAAAUUCAGCUGUAUGUCGAAGUUUUACGUUUCAAACUAAAUUUGAAAGAAACAUUUCACAAAAAAUAGCUGAAAACUCAUCUGAAAAUACGAUUUUCGAGCUGAAAAUGAACUGAAAUACUCUAUUCCUGAUUCCCGAAAUUUCACUGUUUCAAAAAAUGUUGAAUACAUUUUUCUGAAAUUUUGAAUGGAUUUGAUGAAGGGUUUUGGAUCAAUUUAAAGUGCAAAAUUAUGAAAAACGUAAUAAAAAUUCCUGAAAUAAUUUUAACUUGUAAAUUUUUUGAAACAGUGAAGUAAAAUAUGAAAUUGUGAACUUUUGGAGAUUUUUAGGUAUAGUGAAAAUUCAGAUUUUUCAUCACAAAAACAGUUUUUUUUCAAUAAAUUUUACAAACUUGUGAUUUUUUACCCUACCCCCCACUCCCCCCAAAAAAAUCCCAAAAUUAAUUUCAGUUAGCCGCCACAAGUGCCUUGGCCAAUUGGUCCCUUUCGCUUCUCCAACAAUCUCAAGACUGUGCUCAACUUGGACCACGUGAAGAUAUUUUGAGAGCUGUGAUUGGUGGAAUCGAGAAUAUUUCCUCGUUUGGCGGAAUUUCUGAAGAUGCUCUUAUUCGACUUUUGCAAACUAUUGUCACUUUGAUGUGGGGAGAAUCGAAUGUUAUUAAGGUAACUAGAAAAUAUGAUUUGGUCACAAAUUUUUGACCAGAAAAUAUGCCAUGAAAAUUCACUGUUUCAAAGAAUUUACAAUAUGGAAAUUUGUUCUAAAAAAUAUUAUUACCAACUUUUUAUAUUUGAGAUCAACAAAAUCACAAGUUUGAAAAAUGUUUUGAAAUUUUAUUAGAAAUGAUUAUUUUUCACCAUUUUUUGAAUCAAAAUAUCUCCAAAAACUCCCAAAUUUCUUUAAUGUUUCAAAAAAUUUAUAAGUUUUAAUUUAAUACAAAAAUUUAAUGAUUUCGAUAGAAAAAUUGAUCAUUUUAACGCCUUUUUUCAUCAAAAUUUGUUAUUUAUUUUUAUUUUUUUCAAAAACCCGGAAAUUUACGUUUCAAAAAUUUUAUGAUAUAGAAAUUUUUUCAGAAAAUAUUGUUCCAUUGUUUUUUUGUAUUUCACAAAUUCCAAAAAUUUUGAAAUUUUUAUUAUAAAAAUUACUGUUUCAAAAAAAUCACAAGUUUAAAAUAUUCUAGAAACUUUAAUUCAUAAUUUUUCAGUUUAUUAAAAUUUAACUGUUUCAAAAAAUUCACAAAUUCAAAAUAUUUCUAGAACUUUGAUAUGUAGCUCGAAUGUUAAAUUUUCAUGAUUUUGCACCUGAAAUUGAUCAUUUUUUCAUCAGGUUCAGAGAAUUUCGCUCUAAAAAUUGAUUUUCGGAUUCUUGAUGGAAAAAUAGGCUUGUGGGAUGUUAAAAAUCACCAAAUUUCAUAAAAAAUCCAAUUUUUCAUGAUUUUUCACAAAAAAAUCCCCCAAUUUUUCAGCUCGCCAAAAAUCGCGAUAUGCAAUCAAUCGCCGCUCGAAUCAAAGACGCUGUUGUGUCAGAAAACGGCAAAAAUGUGGCUAGAGAUAUUGUUGAAAUGACACAUGCUGUCUAG